AUGCCCCUGCAUAUUAAACGCCAGGAAAACGUCAUGAUGCUGGCCAUACAACUUGCUAGAAACAAUAUGGUAUCAUCUGUACAAUCAUGCCCGUCCAUACAAGCAAUUGUAGACGAAAAUAAUCUGAACCUCAAAGACAUUAUUAUCUCCCAAACGCCCUUCUUUCCUCCAUGGACCUCGAUCUCUAAUAUGAUAGACACAAGUCUUACCAGUCUGCCCAAAAACACAACCAGCUCACAAAUUUAUGUUCAAGAAUUCAAAAACAUUUUAGAUCAGUACUCCAAUUUUAUAAAAAUUUACACCGACGCAUCCAAAGCUGAAAGCAACGUGGGAAUCGCUAUCAUAUACAAUGACGUAGAAGAAAUAACAUACAAACUUUCAGUAGAAUGCUCCAUAUACACCGCUGAAGCAAUUGCUAUUCUUAAAGCCCUUGAAUAUUCACUAGAAAAACAAAAUAAUAACUUUGUCAUCCUAAGCGACUCCCUAAGCUCUAUAAUAAGUAUUGCCAACACUCACAAACCUAAUGAUAUAUCAAAGAAGAUUCAGCUUGCUAUCUCUGCCCACCACGUCAAAGGAAAUGUAGUAAAAUUAAUGUGGGUUCCAGGACACUCAUCAAUAAAAGGCAAUGAAAAAGCUGACAUGCUCGCUAAAAAAAUAGCAUUAACAACCCCCAACGGCAUUAUCACAAACAUCUCUGCUCACGAUGCUAAACGCACAAUAAAACUCAUAUCAGCAAAAUCCUGGCAAAACCUGUGGUCCACACAGAGAACUAAACUUAAUGAGAUAAAGCAAUCAACCCUACAUUGGCCAAACAACCACCCAAAUCGGAAAAUAGAAUCCAGCAUCAAUAGACUCCGAAUAGGCCACACCAAACUCACUCAUGGUUACCUAAUGUCUCGUGAGGAACCCCCUAUAUGCUCAUCCUGUGGCGUCAAGUUAACGAUCAAACACAUCAUGACCGAGUGUAACACAUACCGCGAUGCAAGGGAACACAACCAACUUCCGGAAGACAUAUUUGAAAGCCUCGGACCUAACCUACCAGUCUCCAAUAUAAUAGCCUUCCUUCAACAAUCUGGUUUGCUCAAACUAAUCUAA